AUGAGCGCCCCCGUCGUGAAUCUCAACUUCCUGCGCGCCGGCAGUCGCGGCACCUCCGUCAACUACGGCGGCGCCAUGCCCGACAUGCACGUGGCACCUACCGACGACUUGCGCGCUCACAUGCACUCGCCUGACGCCUUGGCUGCGGGAUUUCUACUGCCGCCUGUCGCCGACCCCGCUGCGUACUCGCGCGCGCACUUCCAGGUCAAGUACACGGAGGACAACGAGCAGGCGCUGCAGUUCGCCAAAGGCACGACGACCCUGGCGUUCAUCUACGACGGCGGCAUUGUCGUGGCCGUGGACUCGCGCUCGACCAUGGGCCCGUUCAUUGCGUCGCAGCAAGUCAAGAAAGUGAAUCCCAUUAACGACUACAUUCUAGCAACAUUGGCCGGCGGCGCUGCAGACUGUCAGUUUUGGCAGCGCAAUUUAGCGGUCCAAUGUCGUCUCUACGAAUUACGGAACCGCCAGCGCAUUUCCGUCCGCGCAGCUUCCAAGCUGAUUGCCAACACGUGCAACUACUACAAACGCUAUGGCAUGUCGCUGGGCAUGAUGAUGAUGGGCUACGACAGUGGCGAGCCAGUGCUGUAUUACGUCGACGACGAGGGCUCUCGCAUCCCAGCGAGCAAGACCGUGCCCAAGUUCAGUGUCGGCUCGGGCUCCACGUACGCCUAUGGCGUGCUGGACACGAACUGGCGCUGGGACUUGACGGACGACGAGGCGGUCGAGCUCGGGAAACGCGCGAUUUACCACGCGACGCACCGAGAUGCGUACAGUGGUGGCUUCUGCAACGUGUUCCUGUUCAAGCCAGAUGGCUUCAAACACGUGGUGCACGAGGACGUCAAGGACAUGCACGACUAUGCGCGUGGCUACUGA